AACGGCGCAGUCGCGAUACGCUUUUUGGAAAGUAAAGAAUAGCAGACGCACUCGCAACCUCAGUUGCUUCGCAGCUGUCGUAGCUGCAAGUUUUUACGCAGUGUACGUCUUAUCGUUUCAUCGUAAAACAUGUCUCGGAGCAAUAUCGGUAACGCUUCUAGCGAUCUUCCACCUAGUUACGAUGAGGUUUGCUCAACAACAGAAAGACGAGGCUCAUCACCAUCAACAAGUAGGAAAACGAAGAGUACUUCAAAAUCUAAAAAUAAUAAAACGGCGGCGAAGUUUUCUCCAACGGCGCCACCACGAGAUAUUCUAGAGAAUACACAAGUUCCCGAACCUACAAGGUUAGAGGAUACGUCUAUACCGAUAAACGACGGUAUAGAUGAUAUAGACUCCCACUUGAGGACGCUAACAACUAGAAUUAAUACAUACCAGCAGAUACCUCAAGGGCUGGAACCGCAGAAUAAUGCGCGAUUGCAUCAAAGGUUGCGUAGAAAUAUUUCGUACAAUGGUAUCGACGACGGUAAAGUUGUGAAGUAUAUUGUUUACACUCUUGCUGGAGUUUUUGCUGUUUUCUUCAUAAUAGUUAUUCUUAAUAAUAUGCCUUCUUCGUCUUAUACGAAUUACCUUGAGUCUGAGGAACAUUUAAAAUAUAAAAAAGAAAUGGACCGUCUUUUUGAAGGAAACGAUUAUCUCAGCGGAAGAAGAGAUAUGAAAAAAGAUGGGAAGGAAUUUUUAGCUAAGCUUCAAAAUACAACCUUUUUAAAACGAAAGUAACAGACAAAACUGAAUAUUUGCUGGUAAUCUAUUGUCAAAAACAUCAAAUGGAAAUACUUAAUCCUAAGAGUCACAGUAGGCAGAUGAAAUUAAUACAUUGAAUUGCAAAGAGCCAGAGACAUUCCCAAUGAUGAGUAUAGUUUUUAUAAGUACACCUACAAACUGCAUAGUUACGAGGAUGUUUGUCAGUAUAGAUCAUCGACUUCAAUCAAUCGGACUGGAGAACACGAAACGAUUGCAUUUCCGGGCGGAGACACCGCAACGCCUACGUCUGAAGAUAGGGGGAAUAGUGUAAGACUUACGGAUGGAAGAACAGAUGAAUUCUAUCGUAUAGUACCAACGAUCGAAAUUACAGAGGCUGGUGAAACACCAGAAAAUCUGAGUGCGAAUCGGUAUGAUGUGUCGAUACCGAUUUACGACAGUGAAAUGGACCAAAGUGAAUUACAGACGUAUGAAAGAGCGAUUCGGGAGUUCGACAGGAUGUCACCGACAUCCAGAAUAACGAGAUCCCAAGAGAUACCCCAAACAAUAAGGAUAGGACGCCGUAAUAACGAGCAGACACCUCGUUCGGCAGGACAUACACCAUCUAGACAGACGUUGAGUCAAUGGCAAGAAUAUUUGCGAAGAAACGAACAAUUAAGAUUCAGAAAUGGAUUAACUGUUGACGAGGAAGAAAUAAAGUUUCGUGGUUAUAUACUUGGAGUAACGCUGGGAGCUUUCUUGUUGAUUUGCUUCAUAAUUAUGAUAUGUAGAUAACCGGUAAUCGAUAAAUUGAUAGACAAGAUUAUUAAAUAGUUAAAUAAGAAGAGAAUGCGGAAUGAGGCGUAACAAAUAGUUACAGGAACAAAAAUCCGCGCACAAAGUAACUCACAGUGUGAUAUAAAUACUUGUACAAAUAUACUUAUACAAUGUCAUAAACAAUUAUGACCUGACAAUGUAUACAAGCAUAAAGAUUAAGAUUAUUAAUUUUUAAAUUUAUCAAUCACGAAUAAACAUUAAUCAACCUAAAACUAUAAACCGGGAAUAUGUAAAAUAUAAAACUAUUAUUAUUGUAACGAGAAAUUUCUAAAUUUGAGAUCACUUUUUAUAUUAGAUUUAGCUACUGAGAACUUUAUAAAAAACAUAUGAGUUGCUACAAUUUCAUAAUAAAUUAUGUUCCAUACUUGUAUUAGGUGAACAAAUAUUGUAUAAAAACAGAAAAAUGAAUAUUUCAAAUUAUUUAUAAAUAAUUGUAUGUAUAAUAAAAGAGUUUACAUACCAACUUAAAGUUCAGUAAUUAUGGCUUAGAUCAUAAAAAAAUUGUUUAUAGAAAAGUAAUGUUAUGCUAAAAUUUACUAGAAUUGUUGACCAUAUGUUGAUGGUACAAUUGACUGACUGUUCUACUAUCGUCAUAAAAAGUAAUGUAUUUUUAUAUGCGAUACUAUAUAAGUAAUUAUAAUAAAAAGUCAAAGCCAAGCGGCAACACCAUUAAAUGUAAAAAAACACUUUGCCUUUCCGUCAAUAUCUGUCUUUCGUUAAUGCACCGUAUAAGGAUUAGAUAUUUAUAUCAACCGAAAUUUUGUUAUACGAUUUCAACGCGACAAUGUAAUCAUGUUUUUUUAAUAAAAUUUUACAAACAGUAUUAAAAUUUUAAA